AUGACCUCUGGCAAACAGUCAUACCUCAUCGUCGGAGCCGGCGUGUUUGGAGUAUCCACGGCCUAUCACCUGAUCAAGAAGUAUCCCGAUGCAUCAGUGACUCUAGUCGAUCGGGAUGCCUUUGACGCAGAGAGCCGCGUAGCAGCCUCCUGGGACUGGAACAAGGUAGUGCGCGCCGACUACGACGACAUCGUCUACUGCCAGCUGGCUCUCGAGGCACAAGAUAUCUUCGAGACGGAUCCGCUGUGGAAACCGUAUUUCCACAAGACCGGCAUCUUCUGGACGUGCCGCAGCAACUACGCCCAGGAAGUCAUCGACAACUACAAGAAACUCGGUCGGACGGCAGAUCUUCGGGCGGUGUCCGUCGACGAGGCCCGGAAGCUGUACGGCGGGCUGUUCGAGGACGCCGAUUAUAAUGGAGUCCAGGAGGUGCUGGUCAAUAAGACCAGUGGCUGGGCUGCUGCUGGAGAUGCCCUGCGAGCCGUCACCCGCAAAGCCCUCGAACUCGGUGUGAAGUAUGUGACGGCCGAGAUUGCGACCCUGCAACUAGACCCUCAUGGGCGCUGUACCGGAGUCAAGACCACAAAAGGCGAGACUUUGACAGCCUCACACGUUGUCCUUUGCACGGGUGCAUACACGCCAAAACUGCUAGAGCUGAGCGCUGCAAGCACUGGUCUGAAGGAUCUCCGAACGGAAGGCAGGAUUGUGGCAGGUGGCAUCACCACCGGGAUGACGAAACUCGACGACGAGUCGUAUAAGAGAUUCGCCGAGAUGCCCGUGGGUGUCCAGGGCUACACGGCACAAAUAGGUCCAUUCAUUGGCAGUCUUCCCCCGACUCCAGACAGGGAAAUCAAAUGGUGGGGACAAACGAUAUUCAAGAACACCCAUGAAGUGCUCCCCGGUCGCCAAGUGUCAGCACCGCCCGCAAAACCAGACUACGGUCAAUGGAACGUCUCCAGAAAACUCAAGGAGGACAUCGACUACGCGAACAAAGUGUUCUACGGCAAGAACGGCGCAAACUGGACGAUUGAGAAGCACCGGAUCUGCUGGGACGCCUUCACCACCAGCUCCGACUUCAUCAUCUCGCCCCACCCCGCCGCGCAGGGCCUGUACCUCGCGACCUGCGGCUCGUUCCACGGCUACAAGUUCUUCCCCGUGCUGGGCAAAUACGUGUUGCAGAUGCUCGAGGGCUCGCUGGCGCCUGAGCUGGUCCAGAAAUGGGCCUGGGACCGCGAGCGGCCGGACCCGUCGCUCAACCCGGACUGGCCGCGGUGGGAGAUGAAGGAUUUCUUGGACCCGGUCCGUACUUCGAAGCUAUAG